AUGCAUGAUUCAACAGAUCGUCAUACAAAUUCUUUAUCAUCAAUCAUGUCAGCAAGUCCAAAUCGUUUAUUAAAUAUUCAUCAAACAAAAAUAAGUCGACCAGCGCAACAACAAAAUCUUGCAAAAAAAUUAAAAGUUAAUCAUAUGAAUGGUGUACGACCAACAUCGUCUCAAGAAGGAAAUUCAACUGUACGCAGUUCGAAAAAUGAUACAUCAUUACGAUGUCCAUUAAGACAAACGUUACCAAUAUUUAAACAACCUGUAACGUAUUAUCCAACACAACGUGAUGAAGUUAAACCACAAAUAACUAAUUCAACGAAUCAAACAACAGCAAAUAAUACGACGGGUGGAAAACCAAGUGAAAAAACGAAACCAAGACAACUUUUUUGGGAAAAACGUUUUCAAAAUCUUCGACCAAUGGAUAUUGAUGGACAACCUUUUGAACAUUUUAAAUUACCCGAACAAAUAAAAGGUGUUGGUCUUGACAUGUCGCCUGAAACGGUUGUCAUUAGUCUUGCAACAUCUCUUCAUUUAUAUAGUAAUUCUCGUGCAUUAUUUGGUCAAAAUAAACAAUUUCAAAAAAAUCCGACUAUUUAUGUUCAACGUGAUCAACCAUUAAUUGAACAUGUUACAAUUACAGAUGAACACAUUCGCGCACAAGAAGAAAAAGUCAACGAAUUACGUCGACGUAUUCAACAAACAAUGCGCAGUGAUGUUAAAAUGGAAUCAUAA